AUGAUCAACGUCAUGCCAACUAUCGGCUGCGGCCGCCGCAUUGGGCUUGCAGCGCUGGUGGCGACUCUGAUGUUCGUCGCAGCCUUCGUGCCUCACGCUAAGGCUCUUCGUCUGCUGUCAGGCUCAGCAACCAACCCAGCGACCAGCGCUGAGCCAUGCACUGUGAACUGUGGAGAGAAUUCUCUACCCACCAGCGCCGAGCCAUGCACUGUGAACAACUGUGGGGAGAAUUCCUUCUGUUACAAGAAUGCAGCAGGGGAGGAUACGUGUGGCUGCAACGAUGGGUUCACCAUGACUGCCAGUAAUGGCUGCCAGGAAACCUGUUUGACCAAGAUGUGUGGCUUCUGGGAAGAAUGUGUCGACCAUGAAGGCGGAGCGACAUGUGAAUGCAGGAGUGAUUCCGUCAGGGUCGCUGGUUCUUGUGUCGAGGCAUGCGCUGUGAACAACUGUGGACAGAAUUCCGUGUGUUACAGGGACGCAGCAAUGGUGGAUACGUGUGCUUGUGACGAUAGGUACACCAUGACUGCCACUGAUGGCUGCCAGGCAUCUGAGCAACCAUCCGGGGCAUCUCCUCCGCCACCCGGGGCAUCUCCUCCGCCCGCUCUGCCUCCGCCUCCGCCUCCGAGUCAGGGGCACUUACUGUAUCAUGAGUGUGCCAACAGCAAUGACUGCCCCGCGUAUGCCGUUUGCACCGCCAGUUGGAAGUGUGAUUGUGAAACCGGCUUCGCAUGGAACGGCACUCAUUGCACUGAGGCAUGCACUGUGAACAACUGUGGGGAGAAUUCCUUCUGUUACAAGAAUGCAGCAGGGGAGGAUACGUGUGGCUGCAACGAUGGGUACACCAUGACUCUCAGUGAUGGCUGCCAGGACUCAUGUGUUUUGAUGGACUGUGGGCCCGGUAACUCGUGCGAGAUUGGAAAAUGCCUAUGCUUUAAUGGAUACACCUGGUCCACUGACGGAAAAACCUGCGUUGACCCUUGUACUAAUUAUUCUGGUUGUGAGCCGGGCGGCACGUGCAAGUUUGCUAAUGGAGUUCCGUUCUGUGUUUGCAACCCCGGCUUCACGCCGACUUCUGACAACCAAGCUUGUAUCG